AUGUCUUUUCUCGCCAUUGAGGGCUGCCACGCGUUCGUAACCGGAGCACAAGGCGGCAUCGGAAGCGCAAUCGUGGAGGAGCUCUUAGCAAACGGCUGCAAAGUGUCAGCCCACGACCUCCGCCCGCCCAAAGAAGCACCAGCAGAAGGCGUCUUCACCAUCGAGGGCGACAUCUCAGACGAAGCCUCCAUCUCAAAAUCCAUCCAAGACGCCGUAGCACACUUCGGCCCAAUCAACAUUCUCUGCGCCAAUGCGGGCAUCACCAACGAGCAAAGUCACCCGAACAUAUGGGAGCUCCCACUGGAGACCUGGGAGAGUGUCUACCGCGUCAACGUGCGAGGAACGUUCCUAACAAUCAAACACUUCCUCCAAGCCGCCAUCAAAGCCCAAGAAAGCUCAGGCACCGAACUCUCCAACCUCGCUAUCGUAGUGACAGGCAGCGAAUGCGGUAAGUUCGGCCAAGCAGGUCAUGCCGAAUAUGCCAGUGGCAAAGCUGCAUUACAGUACGGCCUUGUGCCGACUGUGAAGAAUGAAAUUGUACGGAUCAAUUCGAAGGCACGGAUCAAUGCUGUUGCGCCCGGGUGGGUCAACACAGAUCUCAUUGGUGAUCGUCUGGAUGACCCGCGAGAGUUGUAUCUUGAGGCUCAGGGUACUGCGAGUCUGAGGAAGAUUGCGCAGCCGGAGGAUGUGGCGAGGACGGUUGCGUUCCUUGCUAGUCAUAGGGCGAGUGGGCAUAUGUCUGGGCAAUGCCUCAGCGUCGACGGCGGCAUGGAGGGGAGGAUUGUGUGGAGAGAGGAUGAGGUUAUGGAUUCGAAUUUCAAGGGCAAAAAAGUGUAG